AUGGGUUCUUGGAAGCGCACCAUCACGACGCCGUUCAGGAAGGCGUGCACCAUCCUCAGCCCGCAGCACGGCAGCGGGAGGAGCGACGAUCAGCACGGCGGCAGCGGCCACGACGGCAAGAAGACGCCGCGCACGCGCCACCAUCUGAAGCGGUCCGGAGCGGCGGCGGCGGCGGCGGCGGCGAUGGCGCAGGGCGAGGUGGUGGAGAGCCCGUCGACGACAGCGCAGCUCUACGGCGACGUGAUGGCGUGCGCCUACGAGGACGUGCAGGUCAUGUGGUCCAUGCUGGACAACAAAGCCAAGGUCCUCGACAGCGCCGCCUCGUGA